ACCGCCUUCGAAGACCUCUCUUCGCUCGUCCUCUCCUUCACCGGCGAAUCCAUUCCCCUCGCCGGCGCAUUCUCCUCGCUUCCCUUUGGUGGGUCGCCCCUCGCUCUCCCCCUCUCAUCCCCGCCAAUGUAUUGCUCGGGCAUCGAUUGCAAAGAGAUCCAGUUUUUACCCUUUGGUUUGCACUUUUGUUGUUGUUUUUUUUUUCACCUUUCUUCCGGAGUUUUCAAGAACGGCAUUGCUUUGAUGUUGUUGUUGUUGAAUCGCCGGAUUUGUUUUGCGUAGAAAGGAAUCGCCCUUUUGUGCCUUCAGUAUGGUACUCAUUGUGUCCGGAGCAAUCAUUGUGGUUAUUGCAGCUGAAAUUUCUCAGAACGAAAAGGGAGUGAAUCGCCUGGUUUGGUUUAUCUUUAUGUGUAGGAAUUUUGUGGGCGUUCAAUGGCUGCCUUUGAUAAGAAUAAAAUUAUGACCUUUGUCGGUCUUUAGUAUGGAGGUUGUGGAGGAGUUUCAGGUAUGAGAAUUGAAGUGAGGUAGAAUACUCAGUACAUAGUAAAUCAUGAAGGAGGCCAUCCGCUUCUAUAUCCACCCUUAAGCAUGGGAGCUACUAAAUUGAUAUUGCAUGCACUUUCUUAUUGGAUUAUUUUUUUCAAGGAAAAUUGUUAUGUUUUAUGGUAAUCUGCUAAAUUCUGAAAACUGGCCACUUUAAUCUUUUGAUACUUUGAAGGACUAACUUAUUUUGAAAAACUGAAGAAAAUUAUGAGUUUAUGCAAUGUUUAGGUUUUCUUUUGGGUCAACGACUGUAAUUGAAGUAUAUCUCGCAUAGUUUGAUUGUGCUUGAAGGUGAAGAUUUGCAAGGUUGUAUCAUUUCCUGAUUCCGUAUGUUAUUUUAUUCAACAGAGUCCAUUUGCCAGAAUGGUCAACUUUGGGAAGAAGUUGACUGCGAAUCGAGUUCAAGAAUGGGAGAAGUAUUAUAUCAACUACAAAUUGAUGAAGAAGAAAGUUAAGCAACAUGUACAAGAAACUGAACAAGGAGGAAAAGAGCGUCAAUGUGUCCUAAAAGAAUUUGCAAGGAUGCUAGACGAUCAAAUCGAGAAGACCGUCCUCUUCUUUCUGGAGCAACAAGGGAUUAUCGCGCACAAGAUCCAAGAGCUGGGAGAGGAGCGAACAGUGCUUCUCAAGUCACCAGUUAUAUCUAAGAUAUCUGAAUUGCGAGAAGCAUAUAUAGCAGUUGGACACGAUCUUUUAAAGCUUCUCAAAUUUGUAGAUAUGAAUGCUACUGGAAUUCGGAAAAUACUGAAGAAAUUUGAUAAACGUUUCGGCUAUAAGUUCACUGAUUAUUAUAUCAGUACUAGAUCAAAUCAUCCUUAUUCUCAGCUACAGCAAGUUUUCAAGCACGUGGGAAUAGCAGCGGUUGUAGGAGCUUUGUCUCGCAAUCUUGCUGAGCUUCAAGAGCGCCAAGGGAGUUAUCCGUCGAUUUAUGAUCAGCCCUCAACAACUCUAGAGGUGCAAGACCCUGUGAUUUACUUGAUACAUGCAUCGGUAGACAAGUUAACUCGCUCUACGAAUUUCCUGCAAUUCUUAGGGAAACAUGCACUCAUACUUGAAGAAGGGGAAGACCAAGUCGACAAGGAAAAAUAUUAUUUUGUGUCUCUUAUGUUAAACUUGGUUAAUACCUUUCUUUAUAUGGUCAACACUUAUAUCAUCGUGCCAACCGCUGAUGACUACUCGACGAUCCUUGGAGCAGCUGCAACAGUUUGUGGGAUCAUUAUUGGGUCUAUGGCUGUGGCACAAGUAUUUUCUUCAGUUUAUUUCAGUGCAUGGUCUAAUAAGUCAUACUUUAAACCUCUGGUAUUCAGUAGCAUCGUACUCUUUUUGGGCAAUACUUUGUACGCGUUGGCUUACGAUCUCAACUCCUUGACGGUUCUUCUCAUAGGUCGUCUCCUGUGUGGGAUGGGGUCUGCAAGGGCUGUAAACCGUCGAUACAUCAGCGACUGUGUACCCCGUGAAAUCCGCAUGAAAGCUUCGGCAGGUUUUGUCAGUGCUAGUGCUCUUGGAAUGGCAUGUGGCCCUGCUCUUGCCGGCUUGCUUCAAACUAGGUUCAAGUUAUACAUGCUGACGAUUAAUCAAGAUACUUUACCUGGCUGGGUUAUGGCAUUUGCUUGGUUAGCAUACUUAAUUUGGUUAUGGAUUUCAUUCAAGGAGCCAGUUCAUGAUGCAGAAGUGAAGCAUGUAUUUCCAGAUGAUACCAGACGUGCAGAUAAUGAAGCAUUAGAAAGUGGUCUAGUGCAACCUUUGUUGUUAAGUUCAGAGAAGAUGCAAAAUGAUGAAGGAGACGAGGAAUGCAACGGUAGCGAUGAAGGGCAAGAGGAAUCUCAUGAGCCCGCGACUUCAAUUGCUUCAGCCUAUAGAUUGCUCACUCCAUCAGUAAAGGUUCAGCUGUUGAUAUAUUUUAUGCUCAAAUAUGCAAUGGAGAUACUACUGGCUGAGUCGAGUGUCAUUACCAGUUUCUACUUCGGAUGGUCUACAAGUUCAGUGGCGAUAUUUCUAGCAGUCCUUGGACUUACAGUUCUUCCAGUUAACGCCGUUGUUGGCACUUACGUCAGCAAUUUGUUUGAAGACAGGCAAAUUUUGUUAGGAUCUGAAAUCUUGGUGUUGUUAGGAAUACUAUUAAGCUUCAAGUUGACAUCUACUUAUACAAUGCCACAAUAUGUGAGCUCUGCCCUGAUCACAUUUGUCGCCGCUGAAGUUCUAGAAGGUGUCAACUUAGCACUUCUUGCCCAAGUUAUGUCGUCGCGCCUCACACGAGGAACCUACAACGGUGGUCUACUUUCGACCGAAGCAGGAACUCUAGCUCGAGUGGUGGCCGACGGCACAAUUACGCUUGCGGGCUAUCUCGGUGAAAGCUGGCUCCUGAAUGUCACCUUGCUCCCUUCUCUGAUCAUCUGCUUAGCUUCAAUUGCGGCCACUCUCCUGACUUACAACUCUAUGUUCUAACCCUUUCGGCCUAUGCUCCCCUAACUUUCGCUCU